AUGCCAACACCUCUUACGCCUGAGAUGUCUAGACGGAGUUUAAGGGAGCGCGGAUACCCGGCAACGGGCUUUCUGUCUCGAUGUACACCAUUCCAUGGUAUCCCGAGUCACUACCCGCUACGAACACGAGUACGCAUGAAGCUCAAGUUCUCCAAGCUCGGCACAGCAUGGGAGAUCUUUCAGACGCUGUUCGCUCUAUUGGUGUCUGCUGCCUAUGUGAUACAAACGUACAUGCCACUAGAUGGCCGCGUACCGACGUUUGAUGCGACUGCAAUGAUAGUUUUUGCAGCCGACUAUUUCCUCAAUCUUUACUGUUGUGAGAACCGAUGGCAAUUCAUCACAAGCGUCAAUGGAAUCAUGGACGCGCUUACUAUUUUUCCAGCUCUUGUGGACCAAAUCGACGAUGGGCACAGCAAGUCGUUGCCGUUUAUCCGCUUCGUUCGGGUCAUGCGUAUGCUCAGACUCAUCCGUGUCGUUCGUGUAGCUGGAUCACAGACGGUAUCUGCUGUCCAGAAGCAAGUCUACACUAUUAUCCUACUCACUACGUGUCUUAUCUUCGUCGCUGCGGGAAUAUUCCACGCCGUCGAGUCCAACGACGGCGCUCAGCCUCAUUUAACCUUCGGUGAGGCACUUUACUUUAUCGUGGUUACCAUCGCGACUGUGGGUUACGGUGACAUUGCACCCGUCACGUCUGGAGGUCGUGCAGUAGCUUUGGGCGUAAUUGUCGUGUCUUUCACUGUGAUUCCCACCGAGAUCUCGCGUCUCACGCAUCUUAUGGCAUUGCAGUCACACUUCCGCACGACGUAUCAUCCUUCAGUGGGUAAGCCACACGUUCUGGUCGUCGGACAUGUCAUGGAGCCUCGCUGUUUGUUGAAUUUCUUUCGUGAAUUUUACCAUCCCGACCGUGCAUUGGGCUCUAUGACGUCGUUUGCAGGCCCAGCAGGUGUACAACACGAGGUUGAUCCAUCGGUAGUUGAGCUGCCGUGUGUGAUCGUCGGUCCAAAAGAGCCCACUGAGGAGAUCAUUAACCUGUUAGACCAUCCGGUACUUCAGAAUCGCGUGACGUACAUCAAGGGAUCAGUUAUGAGUGAGGAAGAUAUGUGUAGAGUCGGAGCCGACGCUGCUCGAGCGUGUUUCGUAUUGGCCUCCAAAGCCGCAGCAAACAUCAAACAAACGGAUGCUGAGACUGUGAUGCGUUUACUGGCGAUUCGCAACUACAACCCGGAUUUACCAGUAUACACGCAGAUAGUGAGUCCGGUUUACUUGGACUAUAUCAGCGGCGUCGAUGCUGAUCAAUUGUUGUGCUUGGAUAAAAUCAAGAUCAGUUUGCUGGCCAAGAGCUGUCUGUGUCCAGGACUUGUCACGCUUAUCAGCAAUUUGUUCCGGUCUUCCACACUAGUAAACCACCAGAUUCUUACAAAUUGGGAACAAGAAUAUGCCGAAGGGAUGGCACUGGAAGUGUACGCUACCACGUUGCCGUCUGUAUUCCACGGACUCACCUUCAGCCAAGCAUGUGAGCUUCUAUACAACAUAUCGUACGGCGAAGUGAUUCUGCUAGCAGUAUACGAACAAACCAGCACUUCGUCCUCGAAAGCAACAACUCCAAAGUCAGGGAAGACGAUACCGCAACUACGACGACAGUGCUCGUGGAUGCAUCAAGUGGAUCGUCCUGCUCAGAUGCUGAGUAACCCAGGUAGCUCCGUGAUCAUGCAGCCAGGCCAGUUAGUGUACGUGAUGAGUGAGAGCAAGAAGCUCACACUUACGACGUCCAUAUCAAACGAGUUGAAGGCCUGGCUGGCUAAAGUUGGACAACUCAGCACUCCAGAGUCGGUAGAAACCAGAUUGAUGGACGAAAUGCUCAUUGAAGAGGCGAUAUAUCCGUCCACAAGCGAAACUAUCCGCAACCACAUCAUUGUCGUGUCAGAUCUCGACUUGACAUCCACCGUAGCGUUCGCCCAGAUGCUGCGACUUGAGCGUCACGUACCUGGUAGUAGCGACUACCAUCCCAUCAUUUUCCUGUCGUGGUCUUCGGCUAAAAGUGCAGUGGCCACUUGUCGAGAACUGCGAGAGUUUGACGACAUUUUCAUCAUGUUGGCGACUGGAGACUCGAAACGCGAGCUUCUUCGCGCUAACAUCCUCGAUGCUAGUCGCUGUGUCGUUCUUGCGGAUAAAGCAAACAUCCAGGAUGUCGAUGGCGAAGCUGUGGACAGUCAGACAAUAUUCCACUACUUGGCGGUGCUGUCGAUCCAGGCUGAAUACGGCAUGGACACUACGUCUGGUCUCAUGCCAAUGGUUGACUUGAAUAUGCCUCACACGAUGCAAAUUCUCGACUCCACACUGAAGAAACGCACGGCCACAUCGUACCAGUAUCGUCAACAACUUGACUCUCUCAUGAUCCAUACGGCUCCGGUCUCCAUGACAGAGCUUUCAAAGGUUCAAGAGCACUGCGUAUCAGACGAUGUCGGCGAUAUCAAACGUAAACUCGGCAAGGCUAACGUCGUCAAGAACAUGUACUUGCGUGGGGCAGACAACAUCAUCAGUCUGGACCAACAAGUGAAGCUCAGCAAACGGAUCAGCUCGAAGCGAACACUCAUCAAACGCGAGCUCGAGUCCACUCGACGACAUUACUUUGACGUGCGCAGAUCAGCCUUGCUGCCAUUCUUCGCGGCAGGCUAUGGUUUUGCGGACGAUAUCUUCGACAACAUGCUUUGUCAGAGUUUUUUCACACCUGGACUGAUCCGAUUAAUCUACGAACUCCUCUUCUCGGAGAACGGCCGGCCUGCUGCGUUAUCCGGGAAUGACAGGGCAGUGUCAUCGUGCACUGCAAGCUCGAUAGUGCAGAUCCCAGUGCCACUGAAGUUUGUACAGCGAACUUUUGGAGAACUCUUCCUCCAUCUGCUCUCCACCAAAGAGAUCGUAGCUAUCGGCCUGUAUCGCGGCACAGACACUCCAUUCCAGUUGCCAUACGUGGCCACGGGACCAGAUAGCGACACAGUCUUGGUAGAAGACGAUCUCGUGUUCGUGCUUGCACACCCAGACGCGCUUGACAGUAAGAAUUCUGAUCGACCACAGCACGAGAAAGCGCAUCCAGCUCCCGGUGUGUCAAGCCACAAUCACAUAAAAAUAUACGAGAAAGGAGACAUCAACACACCUUCAAUAGCGGACGAUCAACCAUCGACACGCUUGCCUCCGCUGACAAUUAACUCCAAGAGGACUACACGGUAUGGAGAGAAUAUCAACUUACAAUGA